UAUCCAGGGAUACACCGACGCCGAAUCACGUCUUUAGAUCUCUAAUAAAAUCAUAUUUCCCCUAUAUCUGUGGAACUAUAAAUCGUAAAAAUGUCUCAACGGGCUUUACCGGUUCUAUUCAUCAACCUUGGAGGUGAAAUGUUGUAUAUUUUGGAUCAGCGACUACGAGCUCAGAACAUUCCCGCGGAUAAAGCACGUAAAGUGAUGCAUGACAUUGUGAAGACAAUGUUCAACCAACGCUUUGUGGGGGAGCUCUUCAAACCUCAGGAUAUCUACUCUAAGAAAGCGAUGAGGACAGUGUUUGAUCGUCUGGCCCAUGCCUCUAUCAUGAGACUAAACACCGCUAGUAUGGACAAGUUGUAUGACCUGAUGACCAUGGCUGUCAAGUACCAGAUCUCACUUUGUCUGAGACCUAAGGAUAUCCUACUUGUCACUCUCAACCACAUGGACGCUAUCCGUAGCUUCGUCUGUGAUAAUCCUACCCUCAAGGCUGGCGUAGAGGGCGUUUGUCGUCUGCUCUUGAAGACGUUUACUUUUGUAACAUUGGGAGAGUUCCAGCUAAUACGACAGACGCUUCUAGGCUUCUUUCAAGACAUGCAUAUUAGGGUGUCAAUAUUCUUGAAAGAGAAAGUGCAGAGUUCGAAUGGCAGGUUUGUUCAUUCUCUGGGCGGCACUGUUCCCUAUGGCACCGAGAUUCCAGGAACCAUCAGAUAUUUCAACCGUGAUGGGAAGCAGGUCGAGACGGAAGAGUUUUCAUUCCAAGGGAGGUACGUUGCGUCCUUCAAGGAGGGGUCAUUUGAGAUGGAAGGUGACCGGGUCAUCAAGCUGGGCAGGAACAUGUACUGCUCGGCCAAGACGGGAGAGGCAACGGUCAUGGGUGACUCAAGCAGCAGGAGCAAAUCAAAAGCAUCCGCAGAACAUGCAUCAGCUAAUCCUAAUCCCAUGGUUAAAGCAGAGCUUAAUCUCCUAGCUCAUCUGAUGGGUGCGGUAGAGAAGAAAUCAUCAGGUGGUCCUGGCAAAGAAAAUGAUUUCAGGAUCAGCAUGUUUAAUACGGAUGAAGAGGAAGAGAAGUUUGCAGCUACUCGUCCUCCACCAGACAUGUAUGAUGUCAAGGUCAUUAACAUAGACGCAUCAAAGAUUCAGACGAGCGAGGAGCUGAGUAGAAUAAUGGGAGACAUGGCUAUACCCGAUGCCUCUGGUCCAUCCAGUAAGGGUGAUGACCUUUUAGAACUGAUGGACAGCGCAUCAUGAGGUCAAAGGUCACAGUAGUUUUUAGAUUAUAUCUUGAUGUAUACAUUCUGUAACGUGCCAUGAUGAUGAUCGAUACGUGCGCUAUAUAAGAAUCCAAUAUUAUUAUUAUUAUUAUCAUAUCGUUCUAUGAGACUGCUUGUGAUAUUUGUGCUGCUCCAGCUAUCGAAAACUUCAGUCAUUCUUAUUUAAGUCUCAAGAUUCAACAACGUAUCUAUUUAUACAUUCAUCACAAAGGCUCUAAGAAAAUCAUUGUUCAGUGCCUGUUUGGCAAUUUUUGCUAACUUGCCGUUGUGUCACUGGAUUCGCGAACUACCGUAGACGCAUACAGGAGAUAUAUUUGUUCACGAAACCAGCUGAUAAAGCUGUACACCAUGUUGCUUCUGUAUUGAAAGACACUGCCUAAUAUUUCUGACUGUCCAAGUGCAUGUAGGAUAAUUUAGAUAGUAAAUUGGCAUUUCAUACAAAAGCAUCGUGCACAUUUUAUAUGGACUUAUAAUUGAUGAACGUAGAAUGUGUAUUGUAUACAUUACUUGGUAGAUGACAUGAAUUUCAUUUUGAAUUUAGGAGCGAUGUCAA